AUGACACCUCUCAGCAAUGGGUCAUCGCUGUUCAGAGAGUGGAAAGGUCGAAGAAACUGUCGAACACUUCCGAUACCAUCUCAAUAUUGUAUAUGUCAAUAUAAUUGGACAAUUACCAAAAAUGAAACAACACAGACAGAACUGGGUGAAUUUUUUGCGAAGCAUUUCAAUUUACACCUGGUUAAAGUUGGUGUUAUGAGCAAGUGUCAGAAGCAGUUUUACAAUCGGACAUCGUCAAUCAAACAGCUACAAGAUUACGGCAAUAUACUCUACGAAGUGGUAGUUAUCUUGAGUCCAUCAAACGGCCUCUUUUCGGCCUUCAUCCGUCGUAACGAAUCUGGUCUUGGACUUGGAUCAGGAUUCAACCGUCUUGAUCGCUACGGACGACAAGGGGAGUGCAUUACUGACAACGCACUACGGCCUCUUUGCCACUGCAUAGGGACAACCACACCA